AUUAAAAUUUCUCUGAAAAAUUCAAAUAGGAUAAACAUUUUUAGCAUACAUUUUAUCGAUUUGUCUGUUAAUUAUGUAAUAUUUCACAGGUAUAUCAAGGAAUUAUCAAAGAUUUUGAAGGAUCGGACACAACACCAGUUGCGAUAAAAAUGCUAAAAAAAGAAGCUUCUUCGAAAGAGAAAAAGGAAUUCUUGAAAGAGGCUAAACUUAUGAGCCACUUUCGACAUGAAAAUGUGCUAAGAAUAUUAGGCAUUUGUAUGGACACGGAUUCACCGUUGCUUAUGACGGAAUUAAUAGAACCUGGUGACUUAUUGAAUUAUUUAAGAAAUAAUGGAACAUUGCAAUCGUCAGAUUCGCGCGCAUUGGGUCUGCAAGACUUGCUUGCCAUGUGCGAAGAUGUUGCUCGAGGCUGUUGUUACUUAGAAAGACAGCAAUUUGUGCAUAGAGAUCUCGCGUGUCGAAAUUGCUUAAUAUCCGUAAGAAAUCAUGGAAACCGUAUUGUGAAAAUCAGCGAUUUUGGACUAGCUAGAGAUAUUUAUUCAGAUCACUAUUACCGUACGGUAGGAGAACGCAUGCUUCCUAUUCGCUGGAUGGCACCGGAAUCUUUAGUGUUUGGAAUAUUUACUUCAGAAAGCGAUGUAUGGGCUUUCGGGGUACUAAUGUGGGAAAUUAUGUCAUUGGGUGAACAUCCUUAUCCUGCCAAGAAUAAUUCCGAAGUUUUAAAGUAUGUGCGUGAGGGAGGCAAACUGCCAAAACCUCUCAACUGUCCACCGAUGUUGUAUCAGUUGAUGCUACAUUGUUGGAAAUCUGUAAUCGGUAGACCAAACUUUACAAAUUGUCUCAAAAAUAUCAAAACCUUAAGAAAUAACGUAAAAGAUUCGAUACUUAUAGUUAAUGCGUUGGAUAUUAUCGGACGUAGUGAGACGAAUCAAUCGUAAUUAUUUUUAUGUGUAUAUAGUUUUGUAUGGAGCAAUGAAUUUUACAAAUCUAGAUAAUAUCUAUUAAGAUAUAUUGCUUAUU